AUGAAGGUCAUAGUAACCGGUCCAACCGGCCGCGCUGGCCAGGAAGUUGUCAAGAAGUGUCUCGAAGAUGAGCGCAUCACCAAAGUUGUCAUCCUGACCAGGAGGGGGCUGUCGGGAGAAAUCGAAAGUCAUCCAAAGGCGGACGUCAUAAUGCAUCAAGACUUCACUCAGUAUUCCGACUACUUGGUCCGCAGAAUGCAGGGUGCAGAAGCUUGCAUAUGGGCAAUUGGCGCCCGUCAAGAGCGAGCGAAGACGGAUAAAUCGGUUGAGCGCAGUGUUGGCGUCGAUAUACCAGUUUCUUCAGCGAAAAUCCUGUGUGAGAAACUCGCCGACAAGACACCCGGAGGCGUCAAGUUCCGUUUUGUUUACUGCAGCCCGAAGCAUACGGAGAGGAGCAAGAAAACUUUGAUGUUUGCAAAUGACACUCGAAAGCUGGCCAACGACUUGGAAAAAGGAAUAGCGGACGUUGUCAACGCCAACAAUGACAAGUUUGAGGCAUAUACUCUCCGACCUGCCAAUUUUAUGAUGCCAGAUAGUCCACUGCCAGCGUUGACGCCAUCGUCGAAGAAGCUGGUUCCCGGGCUAGGGCAGAGCGUGGCGGCGUCAAUAGAUCCUGCCAGGGUCGGCAAGGCCAUGGCCAUGAUUGCCCGUGAUGGAUGGAAAGAGAAGGUCGUUGAGAAUGAGACGAUUCUCGAGAUUUCGUGCUGA